AUGCGGGUCCCACGGUGCCACGUCAUCGCCAAAUGGCGCCGCUCAAACUCUCCCAUUCGCCCCGUCAGCACCCAUGUGGUGCUUGUUUCUUCUCCAGUCGUGCGCCACAUGGCGCCAUGGGAUUGGGAUAAUCAGACACCCCCUGAUCCUACUGUUUCCUUUUUUAUUACUUCUGAUGGGUGCUGGGAUAAGGAUAAGUUAUCUACCUAUUUUGAUGAGGAGGUAAUACAUGCCAUUUUGUCUGUUCCCAUUAGUGAUAGUUCCUUAGAUGAUACCCUCAUUUGGGAGCCUCAUCCUUCAGGUUCUCUCACUGUCAGUUCAGCCUAUCACUUAGCCAAUUCUUCCAAUUCUUUGCCUACCUCCUCUACUUCUGGUCCCCUUCUUAGGUGGUGGAAAAACCUUUGGAAUUUAAAGCUUCCUAAAAAAAUCAAACAUUUUGUUUGGAGAGCUUUCCACCAUACUCUUCCUACAGCUUUGAACCUUUUCCAUAAAAAAAUUGUUCCCACUGCUUUGUGUUCUUCUUGCUCUAGGUGUUCUGAAACUGUUUCCCAUGCUCUAAUAGAGUGUCCCAGAGCUUCAACUGAGUGGCAAGUAUCUCGUUUUAAAAGUUUUUACAUGCAUAAUAGGUGUGGUGACAUUCAGGAGUUCUUGUUGAAGGGUUUCCAUGAGUUCUCAAGAGAUGACCUCCGUUUCUUUCUUGGUAUCACUUGGGAGAUUUGGAACCGUCGAAAUAUCAGUUUAUUUAACAAGCAUAAGGUCUCUUUUUCUUCUGCUGAUUUUCAGGUCUCUUGUUUGCUCCAAGAUUAUGAUGAUGCUCAAACUCUUCAUGGGGCACCUGCUGUCCAUUUGGGUUCUUCUUCCAGUAGUGGCACUUCAUCUCAGAUUUGGCCUAAGCCGGGGUAUUUCAAACUAAAUGUUGAUGCUGCUUUGAAUAAUCAUAUGCAGAAAAUUGGUAUUUGUGCAACAGUCUCUAAUAGUAAUGGGGAAGUUGUGGCAGCAUUGUCUUCUUCCCUGAAUGGUACCUUAACCCCUUUGUUAGCUGAAGCAAAGGCUUUGCUCAUAGCCUUGCGUUGGUGUGCAGCAGUCAGGUUUUCUCUAGAUUGUGUUGCAAGUGACUGCUUGAUUCUGGUGAACAGGUUGAAGAAUCGAUGGAAAGAUAACUCUUCCUUUUCAGACUUGGUGCAGCAAAUUCUCCCCUGUCUCUCUACAUUUCCUAAUGCAGCUUUGAUCCAUGUUUCAAGGAAUCACAACGUGCCUACCCAUAAUUUGGCUAAAGCUGGUGUUAGGCUUGAGAGUGAGGGCCUUUGGAAUGGUUCAAUUCCAGAGUUUAUGUAA